CUGUUCGGACUUCCGCCGCGCUUCGCCCUCUCGCUCCAGCCGCUUCACAGCGCCGCCGCUCGCCUCUCCGACUGCCGCGAGAAUGCCGUUCAAGAGGUUCGUGGAGAUCGGGCGCGUGGCCCUUGUGAACUACGGCAAAGACUACGGCCGCCUCGUCGUCAUCGUCGAUGUGGUCGACCAGAACAGGGCACUUGUGGACGCCCCUGAUAUGGUCAGGUGCCAGAUUAACUUCAAACGGCUCUCACUUACUGACAUCAAGAUUGACAUCAAACGCGUUCCCAAGAAGUCAACCCUGAUCAAGGCUAUGGAGGAAGCUGAUGUGAAGACGAAGUGGGAAAACAGCUCAUGGGGCAAGAAGCUGAUUGUCCAGAAGAGGAGGGCUGCGCUCAGUGACUUUGACAGGUUCAAGGUCAUGCUGGCAAGGAUCAAGAGGGGUGGUGCUAUCAGGCAAGAGCUCGCCAAGCUGAAGAAGGCGUCCACGGCUUAAGUCCCUUUUGGUGGAUGGCAUGUUAGUUUUUGGUUUCAUGUUUCAUCAGCAUUUUGUUUUGAGUGUUGUCAAAGCCAGAAUUAGUAAUAUGUUUCAUGUGUACCCUUUUCAAACUUCAUCAAGAAUGGGUGUGCUCUGGAUAUUUUGUCGGGAAUGAUAUGAAAUACUUAAGUUAGCUUGCGACAAAUGUUCAUGCUUCCCAUUUGAGUUUUGUU